UCUGUGGCCGAGAGUCGCGCCUUCGCGAGCACUCGCCGCCGCCGCCUGUCCCAGCACCACCGAAAGGACAAAAAAGAAAAGGAUGAUUCGGAUUUGACCCCUCGUCGUCUGCUGCACCGCUACGUCCGUCGUCCCCACCCCGUAGUCGAAUUUCGAUCGUCCACGCUCGUGCACCGAAAGGAUGCCGUCGUUGCCACCAUGUCUUCCACACUGAACCGCCCCUGACACACCGUCGCCUACGAACACAGGCCGAUCUCCCAGCCAUCUGUGCCCACCUCCUCGCCCCCUGUUGAUCUUGAGAGGAGGUGGCCAUGUCGUCUGUGAAAGUAGCAGUGAGGGUGCGGCCCUUCAACAACCGCGAGACGAGCAGGGACUGCAAGUGCAUCAUUUCUAUGAGCGGAAACACGACAGCAAUCACAAAUCCCAAAGCACCACCUGGUUGCAAGGAAGCCGCAAAAAGUUUCAACUAUGACUAUUCGUAUUGGUCCCAUGAUCCCACGGAUGUGUAUUUCGCUUCUCAAGACAAAGUCUACGAUGACAUUGGAGAAGAAAUGCUCUUGCAUGCCUUUGAAGGGUACAACGUGUGCAUCUUUGCCUACGGGCAGACGGGUGCAGGGAAGAGCUACACCAUGAUGGGGCGGCAGGAGGAAGGGCAGGAGGGCAUCAUCCCGCACAUCUGCAAGGACCUCUUCCGCAAGAUCAAGGAGGACGUGUCCGAGGACAUGCUCUACUCUGUCGAGGUGAGCUACAUGGAAAUCUACUGCGAGCGAGUGCGGGACUUGCUGAACCCAAAGAACAAGAACAACCUCCGAGUUCGUGAGCACCCCCUGCUCGGUCCCUACGUGGAGGACUUGUCCAAGUUGGCCGUCACCUCCUACCACGACAUCCAUUCGCUCAUGGACGAGGGCAACAAGGCCAGGACUGUAGCAGCCACCAACAUGAAUGAGACCAGCAGCCGCUCGCAUGCUGUGUUCACCAUCAUCUUUACCCAAAGGAAGACUGACAAGGAUACAGGGCUUCGCCACAGAAAGGGUAACAAGAUUAGCCUGGUGGAUCUGGCAGGAAGCGAGCGGGCUGAUUCCACAGGAGCUCAAGGCACUCGGCUGAAGGAAGGCGCAAAUAUCAAUAAGUCGCUUACCACUCUGGGCAAGGUCAUCUCAGCACUCGCUGAAGUGGCGACCAAGAAAAAACGCAAGGGAGACUUCAUUCCCUACCGGGAUUCAGUUUUGACCUGGCUUCUAAGGGAAAAUCUAGGUGGCAACUCAAAAACAGCCAUGAUUGCAGCCAUCAGCCCAGCCGAUAUCAACUACGAGGAGACACUAAGCACAUUGAGGUAUGCUGACAGAGCGAAACAGAUAGUCUGCAAGGCUGUCAUCAAUGAGGAUGCCAAUGCUCGACUCAUCAGGGAGCUCAAGGAUGAGAUUUCUCGUCUUAAAAACCUGCUCCUGGCUGAAGGGAUCGACGUUGACGCUGACGACAACAUGAAUGUGGAGACUGGGAAGCGGAAACCGCACCUCUCCGUCUCUGCGGCCUCGGAGAAUGCGAUAGAACAGCUGCAGGAAUCCGAGAAGCUCAUUGCUGAGCUCAAUGAGACCUGGGAAGAAAAGCUGAAGAAGACGGAGGCCAUACGGCUACAGAGGGAAGCCGUUCUAGCUGAAAUGGGUGUAGCUCUCCGCGAAGAUGGUGACACUGUAGGUGUCUUCUCCCCUAAGAAGACUCCUCACUUAGUGAAUCUUAAUGAAGAUCCACUGAUGUCUGAAUGCCUCUUGUAUUACAUAAAAGAUGGCAUAACAAGAGUGGGAAGGCCAGAUGCGAAUGUCGCUCAGGAUAUCAGACUUAGUGGCUCUCAGAUCUUGAAUGAGCACUGCUGGUUUGAAAACAAUGAAGGCACAGUCACUCUGUACCCAUGCCAAGGAGCCCUCGUCUAUGUCAAUGGGCGGGAGAUUGUCGACUCCAUUCGACUCAAGACUGGUUCUCGAGUAAUCUUGGGGAAGUCUCAUGUGUUCCGGUUUCAGCAUCCUGAGCAAGCACGAGAAAGCAGGGAGCGGAAGUCACCGGUUGAGAUGCCAGAAAAGUCCCAACCAGACGAGAGUGACCGCCUAGAGAUGUUGACCUUAGGCAAGAAGAUGGAUGACUCUGUUUACUCUAAUGGUGGAGAGCCGGUCGAUUGGUCCUUUGCACAACUGGAGCUGCUGGAAAAGCAGGGCAUUGAUCUGAAGCAAGAGAUGGAGAAGAAGCUUUUAGCUUUAGAAGAGCAGUACAAGAAGGAAAAAGAAGAGGCUGAUCAGCAGUUUGAACAAGAGAGAAAGACAUAUGAGGCUCGCAUCGAGAGUCUGCAGCGACAGGUAGAGGAGCAGUCGAUGAUUUCCAGCAUGUACAGUGCCUGCACUGCAGACGAAGCAACCACUGCUGAAGACGACGCUGUCUUUGACCAGCCUUGGAGUGACCGGGAAUACCAAGUCGCCGCGUGGGCCUUUCAAAAAUGGAAGUACCACCAGUUCACAUCUCUCAGGGACGAUCUCUGGGGCAACGCAAUCUUCCUCAAGGAAGCCAAUGCCAUCAGUGUGGAAUUGAAGAAGAAGGUGCAGUUCCAGUUUGUCCUUGUCACAGACACGCUGUACUCGCCGCUUCCACCAGACCUGAUUCCUCGGGAUGAAGCGGACGAGUUUUCAGACCAGGAGCGGCCCUUCCCUCGAACCCUGGUUGCCGUCGAAGUGCAGGACACCAAGAACGGAGCCACCCACCACUGGACGCUUACCAAACUCAGACGUCGCCUGGAGCUAAUGCGCAAUGUGUACAAUGAGGACACCUGGUCCCCCGGGAGCCCCGAAUCUCGGGAAGACCCGCUGCAGUGCUUGAGCACGUCAGCUGCCCUGGGCCUGUCCAGUCUCAUCCCUUCCAAGACAAGGCAACGCCUGGAGCUGAUGCGCGAGAUGUACCACAAUGAGGCCGAACUGUCCCCGACAUCUCCCGACUACAAUGUCGAAAGCAGCAUUACGGGUGGCGAUCCAUUCUAUGACCGAUUCCCAUGGUUCAGGCUCAUCGGCAGGGCCUUUGUGUACCUCAGCAACCUCUUAUACCCUGUGCCACUGGUACAAAAGGUGGCCAUUGUCAACGAGAAAGGCGACGUGAAGGGCUACCUACGAGUCGCUGUACAAGCUGUCAUAGAUGAUGAGGAGAGUACGGACUGCAGCACAGGAGUACGCCAGUCAGCAAGAAUCAGCUUCAAUGAUGAACUUUUUGACACUACAAAGAAGGAUCACUGCAUAGAAAGUGGAUCACCUUGCCUUGAAAAAGCACCUUGCUGCGAGGAACGCAUAGUGGAAGGGGAGGAGCAACAACAACAGAGUCCACUGCAGCAAGAGGAAUGCAGCCGGCUCGAGGCUUACAAGCAGGAUGGCGAGAACAACAACAUCCUUCCCCUGAGCCAGGAGGAAGAGAAGCUGCCCGAGCAUCUGCAGAUUGGCAAAGAGUUCACCUUCAGGGUCACUGUGCUGCAGGCCAUUGGUAUCUCGAAGGAAUACGCCGACAUCUUCUCCCAGUUCAAUUUCCUGCACCGUCACGAUGAGGCAUUUUCUACGGAGCCCCUCAAGAAUACAGUGAAGGGACCUCCUCCUGGCUUCUUCCAUGUUCAGAAUAUCACAGUGACGGUGACCCAGUCAUUUGUGAACUACCUGCGGAGUCGGCCUAUUGUCUUCGAGGUGUUCGGGCACUAUCAGCAGCACCCCUUGCACAGAGAUUCCAGAGAUGCCUGCCAACAACACAGCAGCGUACGUCAGCCACCCCGACGGAUGUUCCCAAGGACACUGCCUAUUUCUCAGCCUGUUCGGUCACCAAAGUUCGACAUACUUCAGUGCCCAAGCACAACGCACAUAUAUGCGAAACAUGACGUCCUGGUAUGGUUCGAAAUUUGCGAACUGACACCUAAUGGCGAGUACACCCCGGCCGUGGUCGACCACAGCGAUGAUGCUCCUUGUAGAGGGACGUUCUCUCUCCACCAGGGGAUUCAGAGGCGCAUACGCCUGACGCUGGUCCACGAGCAAACGCCCAACGUCUGCUGGAAGGAUGUCCGAGAGGUUGUUGUUGGUCGUGUCAGAAGCACACCAGAGUGCGAGGAAGAGGACAACGACACCUCGGUGCUGUCUCUGGGCAUCUUCCCUGGAAGCUACUUGGAGAUGGUCGGUGAUGACAGGACAUUCUACCACUUCGAGGCUGCAUGGGACUCCUCCUUGCACAGCUCGCCUCUGCUGAACAGAGUCACUCCUUACGGAGAACGAGUCUACAUGACCAUCUCUGCUUAUUUGGAGCUGGAAAACUCUGCACAGCCUGCAAUUGUAACAAAGGACCUGUGUCUCAUCAUCUAUGGACGAGAUGCGAGACUGGCACCAAGGUUGUCUCCGAACGCAAGAUCCCUGCGCCACCUGUUCACUGGUGCCUACAAAAAUGCUGAUGCCAAUCAUGUGACCGGCAUCUACGAGAUGAUCCUCAAGAGAGCGGCAGAUUCAGGUAGCCCGGGGGUGCAGCGUCGGCAGCGCCGGGUGCUGGACACGUCAUCAACGUACGUGCGCGGAGAAGAGAACCUGCAUGGCUGGCAGCCACGAGGGGACUCACUCAUAUUUGACCACCAGUGGGAACUGGAAAAGCUGACACGCCUCGAAGAGGUGGAGAAAGUGCGACACCUCCUGCUUCUUCGAGAGAAGCUGGGCCUGGACUCUGGCGGUCCGCCCCAGCACCAGGACAUCUGCAAGUGGGAGAAAGAGGCAUGCAACCUAGUGGCCCGGGCCGCCGCUCGAGGCCCCAACUCUACUCAGCAAGCAGCCGCCGCAGCCAUCCCCGCUGCCUCGCAGCUGCCGUCGCCCACCGUGGCUUCCUCGGCUGCCGUGACUCCGACCCGCAGUACAGCGGUGGACGAGAGCGUGUACGCACCCUGGGAGAUGACGCCUCGGGAGCGGGAGCUGACCACUCGCACCAUCGGCCUCAUCUUGAGCCACAUUCCCAGUAAACCGCCGCCUACUGGCCCAGGCGCUGCCAAGCAGAACACGGCAAUGACACCUGUUGAAGAGGGAGAUGCGUCAUCACUCAGUUCCAGCAUGACAUCAAGCUCUUCGCAAGACUUGCUUUCACCAGAGAAGUCGUGCACGUCGAUGUCGGAGUCAAUGGAAGCACGAGGACUGCCGAGCAGCCUGGCGCCCCCCGCAGGUCUCAAGCCCGCCUCGCACCCCCCAAUCUUUGCUGGGGGAAACCCGUGCUUCGUGGCGGAGGUGGAAGAAGUGCGCCCCAGCCCCAUUGUGUCGCGCAAGGGCUACCUCAAUCUCCUCGAUGACCGCACCGGAAACUGGGUCAAGCGAUGGCUGGUUAUCCGUCGCCCAUAUGUCUUCAUCUACCGCGACGAAAAGGAUUAUAUCGAGAGGGAGCUGAUCAACCUGGCCACGGCACAAGUAGAAUACAAUGAGGAGCAGCAGGCAAUGUUGAAGGUUCCCAACACAUUUUCCGUGGUGACCAAGAGUCGUGGAUUCUUGCUCCAGACGCUGGGAGAGAAGGAGAUUCACGAGUGGCUGUACGCCAUUAACCCCCUACUAGCUGGGCAGAUCAGAUCAAAAUUGGCACGAAAACAGAAUGUAGACCUCGGCCUGUAAGUGAUCGAAGCGGCACCUGCUGCCCUGUCCUUGCUACUAAAAGAGGUGGUUUCGCUCGGUACGAGCUCACAUGACAGCUUGCAAUAAUCGGGGGAGCUGAAAAGAGUGGAACACCUUAGUUGUUUGAAGCAUGUGCGAUGCCCAUCUUGCUUUUCCUGUAAUUUUCAGUGCAUACGGCUCAGAGCACUAUGCCCAUUCCUGCUCUGUUUUCUCUUUGUUUCAUACUUUUAUUAUUGUUAUAUUUUUAAAUAUUAGGAAUGGUCUUUUAAUUUUGGUGAUACCCCUAUACCAAAUGUGGGAGGAAAAUGGCUUUGGAAAGGUUGUGCGUGACACGAGGGUGCCAAUGUGAACUCCAGGGAAAAGUGUGUCGCUGGCCUUUCUGCGCGUCACGUUCUUCACAUGAAUGAGAGAAUUAGUUUCACGGUAGUUAGCUUUUACUUAGCACAUUUUAAUGAAUUUUACGUGGUUCAAGAAUGUUCACCAAUGAGCUGAUGCACUGUGAGACGAGAAAUUAUGUGCUUUUUAUUGAGCAUCAAAUGAUUGCUUAGUGCUCUUGAACCCUGAUCCAGUUGUGUUUGGGUCUUGUUUUCAUGUUAACACAUAGUGACAAAAUCUGUGCUUGCUUUUACCACGCACACGACUCACUGACGUUCACUGUGGUUGACCUCGUAGUGCUCUGCUACAUGCAACAAGUAUGUAAAGAGUUUUUUUGUUGCAUUUGUUUUUUUUUACGUAAAACAAACGCCUUCAUUCCUGUAUACUUUACGCAUGCACACGCAUACAUAUAUACAUAUGUAUAUUUAUAGGAACCUCUGUUUUCCAUAUCACAUAGGUCUGCUAUUUAUAUGAAUGUAUAAAAUGGAUAUUUUACCCUGUUUGAAAAGGCACAUAGCCCUUGUGAAGUUUAUUUACAUGAGUUGUUCACUUAUUGAAGUGUUUUUAUUGUAGAGAUUGAGAUGGCCGCUGAUUAUCGCGAUGGAUGCUCGGCAUAACUUUAGUGUAUGUAGUUGUGACUGGGGGCAAGGACUGUCGGGUGCGAGGAGUUUUCUAUACACACGAAAUCAACUUACGAAGGAAAAAAAAAAAAAACAAGAUACAACAAGAAAGGCACGCUGUGAUGAUUAUUAGCUUCGGAGCUUUCUGUAUAUAAUACGACGGCACUUUUUCUCCUGUAUCCUUUACGUGCGACUCUUCUGACGUUCAUUGCCCUGUGCACAACUGAUUGUAUGUGUAGUUCGCGUGAUCCUACUUUCUUUGUCUCUUUGUGUCUUUAAUGAAUACGAAUGAGUGCGCGGGGCACUGCAAAACAAGUAUGCAAGAGCGGUGUUUUUGUGACAGCGUCUCGCUUGUACGGGUGUUGAUGCGAGUCCGCUUGGCUUGCGUUGUCGGUCAAGGUUUGUCUCUUGCUGGAACAACACUUACGCCUGGCAGGUAGACAGUUCGGGGUGUGCGGAACGCCCGUACGAUUGAAACGCUGUUUCGCUCGAAGGUGUGUGUAAGAAGGGAGGUUGAUGGAGGGUUGUGCUUUCGAAAUGGCUUUCGCGCUUCGGAGAGCACCAAUUUUUUUUCUCUCUCCCCACUAUCCCCCGCCGGCCACACUGUGCAGCUUGCUUCCUAUUGCUGUUCGCUCCGGCGUGGAUCACUCUCCUCUUUAGUGUACAUAACCUAUUUUUUUGUGUCCGUAUGUAAAUGUGUUAAGUGUAUAUACAAUGUACUUUCAUUACCCGUGUACUACGACACAACUAUAGCAUGCGACACUUUGGCCCUCGGUGUUCUACAGGUUGUUUCUCACGCGCUAUUGCUUAAGCAGUGGUUUCCGUGCCACUGCUGUCACCGUUAUAUGCGCACUAUCUUGUCGCCCCUCGUGUGGAGAGCACAGUCUUGUUGCAAAACUUGUGUGUGCUGAUCCCAUUCAGGGUUUCUUUGUUUCUCUCCUCGAGGCUUUCAAACUAAAGGGAAUAAGAAAACGUAGCACGAUACCGACUUCCAGCUUAGCUUCAGCUGAGCAACCAACUUACUUCUAGAUGCAGCUGUAAUGCAGACAUACUGCUUAAAUUUUUUAAGUCUCUGUUGGGUGAAUGUGUGGAUGUCUCACAAGUAUCCGAUUCUUAUAGCCUUAUGAUUGUUGUAAGUAAUGAAGGGUAGGAUUACAUUGCCAAGGGAAGGGCAGUGCUUUAGUUUAACUUGUGGUACAGCACAUGGCUCUCAGUAGAAGUCGAAAUUACCGCAAACCAUGGGAUGCCUUACUGCCGUGGCUGCUACUUCCCGGCAUGAUGAAAUGAAAAGGCACAGAGCACUAUUUUAUUUCUUCUCAAAGCGGUCAUGAAACAGAGGGGAAUAAAAAAUGAGAGAGAAGUGCACGGAGGAGAAAAUUUCAAUGACCAGCAAAAUUGAAAUCAUCCUCAACAAUCAAAAUAACAAAUUAUCACGGAGGCCUACAUCUUUAUGUUGUAAGUAUGCAGUUGCUAGUGUUGUGCAGUACAUCUGUAUGCAGAGGAAUAAUCUCAAGGGGGGUGCAUUUUCCAUGCUAUUAUGAGAGACUGUAUACAUAUAUUGCUUACUUUGCAUUAAGCACCGCAAAUAGCUAAGAAAGUUUGUGAAUGCCUCAACAUUAGAGCUUGGUUUCACAGUGCUGUUUAGGUGAUGAGUUGACUGCAACAAUAGAUCCGUAAGGAGGCAGAGCACAGCAGUGGAGGCCUAGUAAUAUUGAUAGAGAAGACUUUAGUGCCUGAUUUGCUGUUUGACACAAACUACAGCAAGCCUACCAUUUCGUAUUUGAAAGCUUGCUGUUUACUGAGGAGCACUUUCAGCAGUGCACACUGCUUGUGAUGAGCAUGACGACUUCGCAAGACGGCAGGCUGAAGUCCAUGUGCGGCGAGUCGUUUUAAAAUUAUCGUUUCAUCGUGAGUGCAAACUUCCUGUUAACUUACACCACAGGCACAUAUUUCAAGCUCCGCACCAAGCGCUGAACCGAGUGUACAGAAUGGGCCCUUUUCUUUGCCUAGGCAUUACGAACAGUCACCUAUGCUUCGUUUUUUUACACUGUAACUUAAAAAUGUGAAGUGGACUUUGUUACAAACUCUUGGUUACUAGACUGCUGCUCCGUUAAGAUGACAGUGCACAAACACGUGUCACUGUGUACACACAUGCUGCCUCAUCUGCACAGUUCAAGAAAGUGCACUACGUAUUUGCACCAUCAGAGACAAGUGCAGCUUUUGUCAUAAGAAACGGAGCCACCAAAAUCGUGAGUGCUGCAUAGCCCUGGGUGUGUUUUGUCUCGUGGCUGUAAAACAUCUGGUGUAAGAAGGAGUUUGUGCCCCUAUCUCGUACUUUUGAAUGGUGCAGACACAGCAGAACCAUGACCAGGCACUCCCAAGGAUCAGCUGCAGUAAUGUGUGCGGUGCCCUAAUUUCUUUUGAUGACGGCUGUAACUGGUGCCGCGAAUGUGUUACUUCUUAGUGGUUUUACGGGGCAAGCAAGCAUGAUAAAGUUUAAAACAGAUUUUAUCUUAGAAAAUACUACUGUAACUGUAGAAAUCCAGGCAAAAGUGUUCUCAUUUCCGUUGCACAUAUGUAUCUUUAAUAAGUAGCCCAAGCAACUGAUUGCAUAAUAUGAGUUACUACACCACACCUUAUACAGGAAAUAACUCUGCUUCAUUUUUUUACAUAGGGGGAGCUGAGAGAAAGUGAAAGGCAAUUUAUACUCCUUUACAAUUCUCCCACUUGCACGGUUAGCAUGUUCACAGCUGCCUUAAUGAUACUAGUAUGAGGAGCUGAAAUGCAGGUGUAGUCUUAAUGCGAGGUAUAGUGGCUGGCCUUCUUAUGGAUGGUGCAUUUAUUCCUGCGAUAGGUGCACAGUAAAUCUAGCACUUCUACUGUGUUGGCGGCACUAAGGUAAUAACGAGAUCAAAAGCGCGAUAGGAGCCGGAUAUCUCUAAGCGAAUAACAGAUCGAAUGCCCUGGUCUCCUGUUUCGCGGUUCCCGAUCACAAAGCUUCAGGAAGCCACUUGGUUUGACACGUGCUGCCCACAAGCGAGCUUAAGCAAACAUUCCAUUCCUCGGUGUGACGCAUGGCAUUGGUGAUAGCAGGCAACACACGUAAGGCAUCUGGAAGCAAUAGUAAGUCCCGAGAGAUUGUUUAUCAAGAAUACAAACAAAAGGCCUAAACAAGUAAAACAAAAGAGGAAGUUGCCCGAUUGUACCAUGCAACUUGAUGAACACACUGAUAAGAUAGUGCUAAGUGAACUUGCGGCGAAUAUGAGCGUUGCGCUUUGAAAAGGAAACCAAAAUGUAAACUUUUCACGUAUUUCUGAGAUGUACUUCUUUAUCGCUCAAUUUUUUUUUCAUCGCCAUAGCUAUCAAGGGUUUUGGUUACAAGCCGAAUGAAAACGGACAGGUUUGAGCACUUACAUUAUGUUUUUUUAAACUUGUACAGGCACAACAGCCCAGUUCCUGUAGCGGAAAGGGUUUCCAGCGGAAAGUUGUCAGCUUUUUGAAAAACAAAAGUCUUAAUGUUCAACUUAGCUGGAGGCGACGGUCGUUUCCGUGAUCGCUACAGUGAACAUGCCCGUACAGUGCAGCUAGUCAUUUUUAAUUUUAUACUUGUAAUGCUAGAUUUAACUUGUGUGCACAAUUUUAUUGCCAGUUGUCUUUUCGAAGGGUAACGCAGAUAUUCUUUUUUUUUCUUCUUAUGAGAACAUCAUGUGGCAGCAGUUCUAUCCUACACUGUAUAAGCUUAUGACGUGCUGUUCAGGCCACCAAAAGAAAAUACAAUGAGCCGCAAGGUGCAGUGUCACAGAAAUAUGGUGGGAUGUGGGAUGUUCUAAAAUACCGGAGCUCUUUCUCUGAAUGUUGCCUCCAAGAGCUCGUGUGAAUGACGAAAGAUUUUAAAAAUACAGGCGACAUGGGUAAAUAAACCGCUAAUUAGUGGCUUGGCAGUGUGUGUUCUUUUAUGCAGUAGACUAAACAAAUGACCCUUUGCCAAUCACUCUAAGCUUUCUCUCGUUCCGAAUUGUUUUAUUUGUUGACACUGUUUGCGAUGGUGUUCUUUUGUGAACUCACACGCACUGGUACGAUACGAUCUUACUUUUUUUAGAGCACCUCGUUUUCCUUGUGUGUACGACUCUGUCUGUGUAAAGAACAGCUGUCAACUUGUUUCUACAAGAGCGUUGCUUGAAUCUGUGGCCUCCUGAUUUGUUUUCAUAGCGAGAAAGCGUAAGGACAUACUAAACAAACACCUGCAGGCAUCAAUAUAAGCUAUCUAAGAGUGAAUACAAAGAACAGCACUUUACAUUGAUCACUUAUGUAGGCCCCGUUUUUUAUAUUAGCAUUAAAAUGAGCAGAAAGAGAAACUUAGCAUGACUCGCAGGCACAGACUGCCAUGAGAGAAUUAAAUGCUGACGUGUAUGUCUUAAGACCUUCUCAAAAUGAAAACAAGAUGCUGUCUAGGUUCACGCCAACCAAGGCAGAGUGUGAAACUCUUUAGCUAUAUUAGCUUUUUGCUCACGGCUGCAAUUUGAAAAAAGUGUACAAGCUUGGGCUUGCUGUCAUGACUGUUUAGUGUAUGUCAAAACAGUGGACACGGAAGGGAUCAGGAGUACACAUUAUACUGAUGUCUGCGAGUCUGUGCUGUGUAUGUAAUGUUGGCACUAGUUGAAAUGUGAACACCUAGCCGAUCGAGCGUACUAUCAGCGCCAAUCAAAAUGCCAACAGCAGUGCAUUUGUUUUUUGUUUCUUGCACAACCUAGCGAAAGAGUAACGAGCGUUAGGAUUCACGAUCAGCUCUGGUCCGUCGUAAGCAUUGCUAGUCGCACAUUAGAGUUGGCCAUGAAACGCUACGCCCGCUGCUUUUUGUUAGACUGUGCAAAAAACGAGUGCUCUGCUGUUCUCAUUUCUAUAAUUUCCGAUAACACGAUUGCCCCUUGUCGUGUCCACUGUCUUGCAACACUUUUCUGCCUUUUGUACCCGAGCACAGCGACAGUGCGUUGCGUACAGUGACAUCCACUGUGCAUAAAUUGUGUGUACACUCGCUUCAGAAUCAAGUCACUGUGUUCUGUCAAUCACGUGACUUUUUUGAGACAAAGCACAUUCGAAGGCAAAAAGGCGGGGUUGGCUGAAAACAAGGAAGAGUGCUUUAGCGCUCUAUGUUAAUUCAGCAUGGAAACAUCUGUAAUCUGCGUUGAAUGCAAACAGCUGUGACUUGCAUUGUGUAGUUGUCAGAAAGGGACAAUUGUUAUGCAUGGUUAAAAGGAACAAUGACAACAAUCUGCUAUACAUGUGAAGGAUACUGUCCUCCCCCCUCCCCGACUCUGGAUUUUUUGUCUGUCACUCUCAAGAUGUUAUUGUCUGUUGGUUGCGCUGACUGAAGAAAACAAUGAUGAACACUGUGAUUUGUUGCAUUGACGGCAGCCGUUUCUCCCUUCUUGAGUUUUUCAAAUAAAGCUCAAGGCUGACUGUGCAGGUG